AUGCCGCGCCUUGUACGCCGUCGCCCGCUCUCAGAGCGCAUACUCUCGGCGCUCAACCCAUGGGAUUUUUUUCUCUGGCUGUCGGAGGAGAUCGAGAGCAGAGACAUUGGGUCCAAGUCACUGGGCGCUCAGCUCGGCCUCGUGCUGAACUUUGUCUUCCUGCUUGCGCGUGCGAAUGGUGCAUAUUCGACGGGCAGUUUGGACGAUGUCUUUAGUGAUGUCGACCAUGGCAGUUGGUUUUCAUACUUGGCGUGGACGGUCACAUGGAUGCUCGCGGGCUUCUCGGUCUGGAGCACAACGUACACAUUCUGGCGAACCCGCGCAUACCGAUUUUUCGAGCAAGAUGUCGAGAAGCCAGUAGGCACCCCGAACGCGAAGCGAGUCCGAGUCCAAUCCUCGCCAGCCUUAUCCUCGCCCUUGAGAGCCCUGGGCGAUAUCAUGGGCGCAGAGAGCGCCGAAUCCCGUGCCCACCCUGACAAGACACGAGAUGUGUGGGAGCUUCACCUUUGGGACCCUCAGCCGGCGUCUCUGCAGCUUCUCUGCCUGUUCAGCCCGGUGCAUGUGCUCAUCUACAUGCUCGCCCUCCCGCUUGCCCCUCUGGACCCUCGCCCGAGCGUGACCGUGUUUAAAUGCGUCGUCGAGCAGGUUGCGCUGUCGGCUCUGUUGCUUGCGGUUGAGUCCAAGUUCUCACAGCAGAACAAGGACUCGACCUACGUGCAGAAGGAGGUAAUGCGGGAAUACGACAUCAAAUAUGUGCACCCUCGCCUCCACCCUGUGGUCAGGGAUGUUGGUACGCAGUGCGGAGAGGAUGAAGAGGGCUACGAGCUGGAAUUUGUCGAGACCGGCACGCCAAGUACCUUGAUCAAGCGUCCCUUUCAGACAAAUCCCAACCCGAACUACAUGGCCCAUAUUGACCCGGACAGCGUCGGGCGCACACCCCCUGGCCGGUCACAAAGCCCUUCGGUGGUGAUGACUACCCCUAUCCAAAACAGACCCAGGCAGCCUGAAAUUGCAUCGACUAACACGGGUACCACCUAUGGCGGGAACCUUGGCAUCUUCAGCCACUCGCAAUCGCCUCUCAAGAAGGCUGCUAGUAUCAACGAUAUGCGUGGGGAUACCUUCUCAUCACCGCGAAACUCUCGGGAGAUGGCGGCCAUGGAGCAGAGAGAUCUGGCCGAGCGGAUGAUCCGCAAGAGCAGUCCAGUGAAGGACAAUAGGCGCAGCGGGCUGUCGUCCAGCAUCAGUUACGACAACGUCGCCUCCCCAGAGUCAGAGUCGAGUCCAAACUUUUUUGCAAACAUGGGCAGACAUCGAAGUCGAUACGAGAGAUUCCCUUCCAGAUUUUAG